GAAACAUUUUGAGCAUCGAUCAGUGCCACAAAUCGUACUCAAUGAGUGCCCCGGGGAUAAAUGAUGAUAUCGAGAUUUGUGUGGCGACGACAGAGGAUGGCGACAGGCUCAUGGACUUUCUCCACGUGCACUAUUAUCGGGAGGAGCCGCUGACCGCGGGCUGUGAGCCACCGGAGCCGGAUGAGGCCGAUGAAAAAUUUCUGCUCUCCAAUUUACCGCAUGGUAGCUGUCUGCUGGCACUGCACAAGGGUCGCAUCGUGGCUGCCGCUGUCGCCGGUCCCAAGACUGCCGAUGAGGCGGCGCAUCUCUUCGAAGAGGCCACCCACUUGGCCGGCAGCAAAUGGGGUCGCAUUCUGGGCAUUCUGGCAAUCGCCGAGCGCGAUGCGAACGUCUUCAAACGCUUCAACAUCGAUAGAGCACUGCAUCUGCAUGCUAUUGGCGUUGAUAACCAGCUGCGUGGUCGUGCUCUGGGCGAGCGUAUCAUGAACGCCUUGGCCGCUCGGGGCAAAGAGCUGGGCUAUCCGCUGCUCACCGUCGACUGCACAAGCGUCUACUCUAUUCGCCUGAUGAAACGCUUGGGUUACGAUCUGGUCAACACCAUGCGCUACACGGAUUACGUGGAUGCGACGGGCAAACAGAUCAUUUGUCCACCUGCACCACACGAGACCAUGGAGACCUAUGCGCUGCGCUUGUAGGGUUUGUUAGAUCCUUGUUUCAUGUAUAUAGUGCACAUAUAUAGCUAAAUGUGAUUUGUAUUAUUUGUCGUAUUUUUGUUGUUGCAUAUUUAAUACUUUGUCAUACUUAUCAUUAAGUCAGUUCUUAUCAUGGGUGCAUUCGUCAGUAAUUGUUGUCAACGACUCAAACUAUUCAUAUGUAUGAUGUUUUCUUUCCUAGAAUGUAUUUCUGCGUUUGUUAAAUAAAUAACAGUGUUUUUA